AAAUUGUACUUUUUAUUUAAAAAAAAACACAAUUUUUUUUAAUUAUUAACAUUUUUUUCUUAUUGUUUAUAAAAUAAAAGAAUUACUACAAAGCUUAGAAGGGGAAAAGUUUCUUAUAUGACUAUAUAUAGGUAUAAUAAUGCAGUUUGUAUUAUUUAUAUUUACAAAGAGACGACGUAACUAAACACGUGUUGACAGCAGGCCGCAAGUAACACGUUCUUCUUGUUAUUUUCUUUAGUCUUUAAAUUACUUUCUUGAAUAUUCAAGAGCAAAAUGUGAUAACAAGUUAAUAAUUCGUGAGUGUGUAUUUAAAAAGCGAACGGAAUUUCUCUGCUGCGAAAAAAGGGCGAAUAAAAAACUAAAAUUAAAUUAAAAAGAAAAAGAGGAAAAUAAUGUCGGGAUAUAAAUUGGCGGCUCGUAAAGCAGCGAGACAUUUCGAUGCAAAGAGUCUCGUUUUUUCCUUUCUCACCGAGGAGGAAAUUCGAAAAUUAAGUGUGGUGAAAAUUUACAAACCCUAUCCAUUCGAUAAAUUUGGAUUAAAUCAUCCGGAAAAAGGUGGACUCUAUGAUCCGGCUCUUGGACCACUGCACGAAAAUUCAGAUCCUUGCGAAACAUGUGGACACGCUGUACUAAAAUGCACGGGACACUUUGGCCACAUUGAAUUACCAUUAACAGUUGUUAAUCCCCUGUGUCAUAAAAUUUUAUACACAAUUUUACGUUUAACCUGCCGACAAUGUUUCAGUUUACAAAUUGCACGUCACGAGAAAUUAUUAUUAGUGGCAAAAUUGAAACUCCUCGAGGAGGGAUAUUUCAGCGAUAUUCUCGAACUCGAGCAAGAAGUUUGUUCAUCGUUGCCGGAGACGGGACAGGGCGAUGAAAUUUAUGCCUAUGUCAAGGAUGUUAUACAAAGUUAUGUGCAAAAUUUGCACAAUCGCGAAAAGUACAAAAUUAAUAAUGGACGCGACGAGGGUGGUGUCAAUAUGAAUACACGAAAUUAUAAUAUGGAACUUCAGGCUCACGUCGACAAGGUGCUGAAGAAUUGCAAAUUGUUGAAGAAUUGUAUUUAUUGUCAAGAGGUAUUUUUACGGAUUACGACCAGUGGAAAUCGAAUUAUGACGCCCAAAAUCAAUAAUCGGGGAGAUUUGAAUAGAGACAAAAUUGUACCGAUUCUACCCGAUCAAUCGAGGGAAUAUUUAAGGAAAUUGUGGACAAACGAGAAGGAAAUUUUAAAAGUAAUUAUUCCGGUUCUCGACUGUAUGAAAAUGGAAUAUCCAACUGAUAUUCUUUUUCACGAUAUUCUUCCCGUUUUACCGCCAAUCGUCCGACCAAUAAGCAUGCUAAAGGGACAAAUCUUGGAGCAUCCACGCACGCAAUGCUAUAAAGUGAUUAUUCAAAAUUGUCUCAUUUUGCGAAAAAUAAUUGAGGAUUUAAAAUUGUCCCAAGCGGAUAAUAAUGACGAUGAUGGCGAGAAUGAUGGGGAAAAUUUACGAGCUCGAGAAAAAAUUAACGAGGAAACUCUGAGACUACUUGAGAAUGUACGAGGCGGAACUCUAAUUGAAAAAUUACACAACACUUGGCAGGAUUUGCAGAUUAAUGUAAAUCAUUUGGUUGAUCGUGAAAUGAAUAGAACGACGGAUUCGGCGACGUGUCUGGGCGUGAAGCAAGUUUUGGAGAAGAAGGAGGGAAUUAUUCGCAUGCACAUGAUGGGAAAGCGUGUGAAUUACGCGGCGCGAACUGUCAUCACGCCGGAUCCGAAUUUAGAUAUUGACGAAAUUGGAGUGCCGGAAGCGUUUGCAUUGAAAUUGACUUAUCCAGUUCCAGUGACACCGUGGAAUGUACAAGAACUCAGGCAAAUGAUUAUUAACGGUCCCGACGUUCAUCCUGGUGCCGUUUUGAUUCAAAACGAAGACGGUUCAGUGAAACGAAUAAGCAGCUUGUCAUUGACGCAAAGGGAGAGUAUAGCAAAGACCCUGCUGACGAAGACGGCGAAGUCGAAUAAAUUUUUCGACGGAAUGAAAAUUGUGCAUCGACAUUUACAAAACGGCGAUAUGCUGCUGUUGAAUCGUCAACCGACACUUCAUAAGCCGAGUAUAAUGGCGCAUCGCGCACGAAUUUUGAAAGCCGAGAAGACAUUGCGUUUGCAUUACGCAAACUGCAAGGCGUACAAUGCCGAUUUCGAUGGCGACGAAAUGAACGCACAUUUUCCGCAGAACGAAGUCGCACGUGCAGAGGCCAAAUUUAUUGCAAAUACUGCAAAUCAGUAUUUGGUGCCAAAAGACGGAACCCCUUUGAGUGGAUUGAUUCAAGAUCAUAUAAUUUCCGGUGUGCGAUUAACGAUGAGAGGCAAAUUUUUCGAAAAGGAUGAUUAUCAACUGUUAAUUUACUCGGCGCUGUGGUCGGUACCUGGGGAUUUGAUUCUCCUGCCGCCGGCGAUCGUGAAACCAAAGGAACUUUGGUCCGGCAAACAAGUGAUAUCGACGGUUAUUAUCAAUCUCAUUCCAAAAGGCAAGGCGAGAAUUAAUUUGACGGGCAGUGCGAAAAUUGGCAUCAAGGAAUGGCAAAUUAAGGAGCCACGUGCGCCAAAAUGUGGCGAAGCUUUUGAAAAUCCGAAAACCAUGUCCGAAGCGGAAGUUGUCAUUCGAAAUGGCGAAUUACUUUGUGGAGUGUUGGAUAAGGCGCAUUAUGGGGCAACGACUUUUGGUCUUAUUCACUGCGUUUACGAGCUCUACGGGGGAAAUUGUUCGACAAAAAUGUUGAGCGCUUUUGGAAAAUUAUUUCAAGCUUACCUCCUGCAAUUGGGAUUCACAUUGGGAGUGAAGGACAUUCUCGUGACUCCCGAGGCCGAUAAGAAGCGAAAGGAAAUUAUGAACGAGUGCAGAAAGAUCGGCGACGGAAUACAAAAGGCAAUUCUCGAAUGUCCGGAAGACACGGAACGCGAGGAAAUUGUUAAUAAAAUGGAAGCGGAAUUGGCGACAAAUGAAAAAUUCCGUGCAAUUGUUGAUCGUAAAUAUAAAUCGGCUCUCGAUGUUUAUACGAAUGACAUCAAUAAGACAUGCUUGCCGGCGGGAUUAAUUGAGAAAUUUCCUGAUAAUAAUCUUCAAUUGAUGGUGCAAUCGGGAGCGAAGGGAUCGACGGUGAAUACUAUGCAGAUUUCGUGCCUCUUGGGACAAAUUGAAUUGGAGGGCAAGAGACCGCCGUUGAUGAUAAGCGGCAAGAGUUUACCGUCGUUUCCAGCUUACGAUCCAACGCCACGUGCCGGUGGUUUUAUCGAUGGUCGCUUCAUGACGGGAAUUGAACCACCGGAAUUCUUCUUCCAUUGCAUGGCAGGAAGAGAGGGUUUAAUUGAUACUGCGGUCAAGACGAGUCGCUCCGGUUAUUUGCAGCGAUGUCUUAUUAAACAUCUUGAGGGCGUUUCGGUCCAGUAUGAUUUGACGGUAAGAGACUCGGACGGUAGUUUAAUACAAAUCUACUACGGCGAGGAUGGUCUCGACAUUGCAAGUUCACGUUUCCUUAACGUUGAAAAUUUAACAUUCCUCCACGAGAAUAAAGCGGCGAUAAUCGAUCAACAACUUCUAGAUCAUCUCAAAUCGUCAGCCGAUCGUAAAAUUCAGAAAUACGACAAAAAGUUGAAAAAAUGGCAAUUAAAAAAUGCUUCUUCUUCUUCUUCUUCUCAUUCGAAGCGUCGAACAAGUGCAUUCACCGAAUUCUCCGCUGAGAAUUUAAACGAAACAAGUUCAAAACGAAAUCAAAUCGAUCCAAGUAGUGGACGAACGAAGGCGUCGCUCUCGCUCAUGAGAAAAUGGAUUCGAUCCAGUGACGAGGUGAAGGAAAAUUUCUCCGAAAAGUCUCGUAAAUGUCCCGAUCCGCUAAUUGGUCGUUAUCGUCAGGAUUUGGAAUUUGGCGUUUUGACCGAAAAAAUGGAGAAAGUUGUGGAGAAUUAUUUGAAUGAAAGGGAAAAAAGAAAUUCGGGCAGCAAAGGGAAAAAUUACGAGGAGGGAAAAAAGGAAAAUUACGAAGAGGAAAAAAAGGGAAAAGAGGAAAGUGACGAAGGGGGAGAAAUCGAUUCGGAAAAAAAGGGAAAUAGAAAAAAAGGUGACGAGGGAAAAAAGAGAGACGAGGAGAAUAAAAAAAGAAACGAAGAGAAAAAAAGGGACGAAGAGGCGGAAAAGAGUGAAUUAAGAGAUUUAAUAAACGUGAAGGUGAUGAAUUCCCUCUGUCAACCUGGCGAACCAGUUGGACUCCUCGCGGCGCAAUCAAUCGGCGAACCAUCGACGCAAAUGACACUGAACACUUUCCAUUUUGCCGGCCGUGGCGAAAUGAACGUGACACUCGGAAUUCCCCGGCUUCGAGAAAUUCUCAUGAUGGCUUCGAAGAAUAUAAAAACUCCCAGCAUGGAAAUUCCCUUUCGCAAGGAAAUUCCCCGUCUAAUGCGAAAAGUCGACGAGGUGCGGAGAAAAUUGACGAAAUGCUCCCUGGCCAACGUCCUCGAGACAAUUGACGUCGACGGUCACAUUUCCUACGAACCCCGUCAAUUAAUUUACAAAAUUCGCUUGAAUUUCCUACCGAAAAAAUACUAUCGUCAGGAAUAUUUUACAACACCAAGGGAAAUAGUGAAGAAGACGGAGGAGAAAUUCUUCAAGGAAAUGUUUAGGGAGAUAAAAAAAGCGGGGAAAAUUGGUGGCAUUUCUUUCUAUGUGGAGGAGGUGAAAAAUAGGGACAGUAGGGAAAAUUAUCGACUUGAUAACGAGGAGGAAGGGGAGGAGAAUAAUGAUGGUGGGAGGAAGAGGAGAAAGGGGAAUAAUGACGAGGGGGAGAUGCAUGAGUCUUCGGAUGAGGAGGAGAUUGAUGAGGCUGAUGCGACGGCGGCGAGAUCGGUGGCGAGACAUCGGGAGAAUCAGGAGUAUGAUGAUCCGGAUGAGGAGGAGCAGGAGGAGAAUGAGGAGACUGAGGGGAAUUUUAAUGAGAGUUUAAAGCAAAAGAAUGGUAAAGAUGGUAAGGAUGGUAAAGAUGGUGAUAAUGAUGGUAAUGAUGAUGACGACGAUGACGAUCGUGAUGAAGAAGGAAUGAAUUCUGGAGAUCAGUCUCAUAGGAAAUUGAAAGUUGUGAAUGCUUAUCCGAAUGCGAUAAGUUAUGAAUAUGAUGAAAUUAAAGAGGAAUGGUGCACGUUGACUUUUACGCUUCCUCUAAAAAUGUACAAACUGGACUUGCAGUCGAUUUUGAAAAUUGCAGCGAGUAAAGUGAUUUUGUGGGAGACGCCGAAUAUUAAACGAGCUUUCACUUUUCAAAAUUCUGAGGGUGAAAUGAUUCUCAAAACGGAUGGAAUUAAUGUCAUUGAAAUGUUCAAGUACGCGGAAAUUCUUCAAUUGGACAAACUCUAUUCAAACGAUAUUUAUGGAAUAUCACAAACGUAUGGAAUUGAGGCGGCGAAUCGCGUUAUAGUGAAGGAGGUGAAAGACGUCUUUAAAAUGUACGGAAUAACCGUUGAUUUACGACAUUUGUCAUUAAUCGCUGAUUACAUGACGUUCGAUGGAUAUUUCCAGCCGAUGAGUCGCAAGGGAAUGGAAUUCUCUGCGUCGCCACUUCAACAAAUGACGUUUGAGAGCUCUCUGCAAUUCCUCAAAAAUGCCACUCUUCAAGGAAAAUCCGACGAUUUGAAUUCGCCGUCGAGUCGUUUAAUGUUGGGACAACCUUGUCGAAUUGGAACUGGAUUAAUGUCAUUAAUGGUCGACGUGGGAAAAAUUCUCGAGACACAGGAAACAAAUGCCGUUUGGUAAAGUUUAGAAAAAAAAAUAAUAAUUUCCUUCAACAAAAAAAUAUUUUUUAUAAAAUUUUUCUUUUAUACUCCUUUUUUUUCUUUUUACAAAAUAUUAAAAAAAGGAGAAACUUG